CUCUUCCUGGGGACGUAACGCAGCGUCACUAACUUGCCAAAUUGUUUUUCUGCAUUGUGCGUUGGUCUGGCACAGACAACUGAUUAUGAGCAGCUGAAGUUACAGCGAGCAUCAAGAACACCGGACAUGUCAGACCCUAAAACAGCUGGAGCUGAUGCUGGAUCAGUGGUGUCAGACCCUCAACACUCCCAAAAGCUUCUAAGGGUCCUUCAGUCGUUAAGACAAGAUGAUUGUUUUCAAGAUGCAGUGCUGGUUUUGGAUGGUGAACAGAUUCCUGUUCAGAAAAACAUUCUGGCUGCUGCUAGUCCAUACAUCAGGACCAAAUUAAAUUACAACCCACCAAAGGAGGAUGGAUCUGUAUACAAAAUCGAGUUGCAAGGGAUCUCUGUCAUGACCAUGAGGCAGAUACUGGACUACAUUUUCAGUGGGGAGAUUACCCUGAGUGAAGACACCAUCCAGGAUGUGGUCCAGGCUGCUGAUCUUCUGCUCCUCACUGAUCUCAAAUCUCUGUGCUGUCAGUUUCUGGAGAGCUGCAUAACUGCAGAGAACUGCAUCGGUAUUCGGGUCUUCUCUUUGCAUUACUGCCUGCACCACGUCUACCACGUGGCCACCGAGUACCUGCAGACGCACUUUCGUGACGUGGCUAAUACAGAGGAGUUUCUGGAGCAGCCGCCUGAUCGCCUGUGUGAACUGCUAUCUAUGGAGAAGCUCAACGUGGGGAAUGAAAAGCACGUUCUGGAGGCCGUGGUCCGCUGGAUCGGCCAUGACACUGAAGCUCGGCGAGUGAGUGGAACAAGUGUUUUGGAAGGGUUCCAUAUUCACAGAACUGAUAAUCGGUCUGUCCAAUCAGAGGGGUACCUGUUUGCAAUAGGAGGAAUGAAUGAAAAUAAAACUGUCUUGAGCAGUGGAGAAAAAUUUGACCCAGAGACCAACACCUGGAUCCAAAUCCCACCGAUGAUGCAGGCCAGACAGCACUUCGCCAUUGCAGAGUUGGAUGGUAUGAUCUAUGUUUUGGGUGGAGAGAAUGAAGACACUGAGGUCCUCCUCACGAUGGAAGUUUUUGACCCCCAUUGCAAUGUUUGGAGAAUACAACCAAAAAUGACCACAGUGCGCAAAUUCGGUUGCUGUACCACCAUGAAAAAGAGACUGUAUGUGAUGGGCGGAGGAUCGUAUGGGAAGAUUUACGACUCUGUGGAGUGCUAUGACCCCAAAACCCAGCAGUGGACAACAGUCUGCCCUCUUAAGGAAAGGAGGUUUGGCGCGGUGGCAUGUGGGAUUGGACAGGAGCUCUACGUAUUUGGUGGUGUGAGGAACAGAGACGCUGACAAUCCAGAGUCCAGUCAGAUGACCAUCUGCAAGUCUGAGUUCUUCCAUGAUGAACUAAAAAGGUGGGUGCAUUUAGAUGACCAGAACCUCUGCAUACAGGCCACAUCGUCUUUUGUUUAUGGAGCUGUUCCCAUUGGUGCCAGUAUAUAUGUGGUUGGAGAACUUGACACUGGCACCAGUUUUGACUAUGUGCGGGAGUUUCGCAGAAGCACAGGCACCUGGCACCCCACCAGACCCCUCAUGCCCUGUGAUCUGAGUAAGACGAGCUGUGCCGCCCUACGCAUCACUAACUGUAAGCUGUUCCGCCUGCAACUCCAGCAGGGACAGUUCCGGAUCCGGGUUCAAUCCACAUAAACAACCCACAUCCUCACUGCUGGCUUUAUGUCUCUCCUCCAUCGUCUGCUGGUUUGGAGGACGAUGCAGAGGAUUGUGGAAUUAUAUUGGCAACAGCAGAGGUUUGAUUAUAAUGUGGGAAAGCUUGAAUGAAUUGUCUUGUUUUUUUAUGUUUGAUGCCUUUCUUAGAGGAUGAAUUGUACAUCUUUUUUGUUGGUUCUUUUUUUACCAGUCACAGGAAAUGCUGUUACAUUAGAUGGGACCUGCUCACUAUUUUCAUGCUUUAUAUGAAUAGAUUUUACCUAGCUGUUGUUGCAGCAUAUUUGACGCUAACACUUUUGAACAUUGGUGAAGGGUGUCAAAAUUGCCUAUUUUAUACAAUAGUUAAGUCUUAAAUGUGGGUUCAGUAAGUAAGGGAACAAAUCAAAUCAAGAACUAAUCAGAGCUAGUGGUAUGUUCAUAUCAAGCACAAUUAUGUUGCUGAUGCAAGUGUCUAGCUACUGUACAAACAAAGUUGAAAUGACAUGUUAGAUUAUCGAAGUGAUAAUUUCUCAUUGCUUUUUUGCUGAUAAUUAAGCUUGAAUUUUAAGUUUGCAGUUAUGUGUGUAUAUAUUUUAUAAU